CACGCAGCGAGAAUAAGGAGGCCGAGGAGCCGCGGAGAGCUCUCGGCGGUUUCCUUCCUGCUGCGUUUCGAGUCGCAGGUGUUCUCGCUUUGAACGCUGUCGCGCUGUGGGAGCCGGUCCUCAAGUCGUGAUAAAAGCUCUGAAGGACGUUGCAGUAUCUCAGGGUGAACGUCGAAGGACAGGAUAACCCGUUUCCUCCUGAGGUAGCUCGGUGCCGUUUGAGGACCUGGCUAGGCGGUGGAGGCGUUCGAGAGCUUAUAGCUGUGGUGCUGAAAGCUUUCUGUGGUUAGUCACGAACCACUGUAUGCUAGUAAAAACACGAAUCGAGUGCUUAAUGUCUUUGGGGGUAUUUCCAGGCUGCUACUUUGGUUUUAUGCCUUAUCUGCAGCGUGGAUUUUGCCCCCAUAAAGCUACUGCAGUAGAAAAACCCUUGAAUAUAGGUGGAGCGUAUCAGAUUCGCUAUAGUUGGCUGAAAGCUUGUGCUAGCAAGGCAGAAAAGAGCAGUGUUUUUUAAUCACCUUAACAACUUAAAACUGGUGAUUCUCUACUGUAUUGCUCAUCUUUGUUUUUUUGAGAGGCUGUGUUCCAAGUGCUCUGUAUUAAGCAAUAUCCUAGUGCUAUUUUGGAGGAUCUCUUCUUCUAACGUUCCCAUCUUUUAAGGAACUUUUAACUGUUGGGGGAGGACAGGGCAAUGAUUUCCCAUGCUUGGAAUUCCUCUCGCUGCUAAAGCUUUAGCUAACACUGAAGCUGUUUACACUUUUGACACAAUAAAGUGCUAUGACUCUCAAUUUCAAAAAUUCGGUGAUUUGGGGGACAGCCUUGACGUAGGCCGGAAGAUAAUAGGAAGUUAGUUAGAAAGGUAUUUGCAUUUCCUCAUAAAAUCAACCUAGUUUGUGCCAAUGAGAAGUGGAAGAAAUUUUCUGGAACAGAACUCUUCCUUAGAAGUAAAUAUGCUCUCUAACAAUAUUGCAAAAGUGUUUGUGAAACCUAAAGCUUCAAUUCCCCUUUCUUAAAGGCUUGUAGAGUAAUUCUAGAUCAUCCUGAGCAGAGUGGUCUUGUCACACAUGGAAAGGACACGCUUACUCUUGUAGGUUAGCUUACAAUGAAGAAAAGAUAACUUUAUAAAUCAUAGCUUGUGUUUGUAAUACUCAUGAGUUCCUUGAGUUAAAAAAAAAAAAAAAAAAGCUUGCCUCAAAACAUUAAUAACAGAGGUUACUAAUUUCUUUUCUGAAAAAUGAUGUGUAAAGAACAGUUUUAAUACCGUUACCGCAAUAUACUUCUAUUUCCUUCUGAACUGUUGCACAAAUUACUCCUCGCUCUAUAUGCGGAGUUGCCAGCAGUGAAUAAAUAGGAAUGUUGAAAGGCUGAAAAAUCUUUUAGCAGCUUAAGAUGAUGGAAACUGUAAAAGAAAAGGUAGGCUGAGAAAGGAAAAUGAGUUAUGGCAGCAGACAGCUUUCUGCUCUAAACUCUGAUGGCAUUCUGAGGUGCACAGGACUCUUGAACACGGACCCAGAGUUGUUUAGGUACCUAUGUUUGAACAUGGGACAAAUACUGCUCACUCUUUUGAACUGUAGAAUUGUAAUAAAAGAGAUGAAACCAUGAAAUAAUUGCUUCAAAAAAGAAAAAAAAAAUCUUUCAUUUAGAGUUUUAAAUGAAAAAACAAUCUCAUUGCCUUUGUUUAUUUGUUAUUGCCUCUAGUUGUUGCUUGGGCUAGCUAUUUUUUGGUACCUGUCCUGGGAAGUUAUGUGUAAUGUAUGACUAGUAUACAGGUUCCGGUACAAGUACUUUGUAUUACAUGUACUAUGUUUUUAAAUUUUUCAGGUGCAUCAGAUUAGCUGCUGGGAAUACUUCAAAGUAUCGACAAUGAAUUUGAUGUUAAUGUUGUUUUUCUCUGGAAUAGUUGCCUGUUGUGGUAACUCUACUGGCAAUCCACUAUCCAGGUUACUCCUAGUGUCCUUUGAUGGCUUCAGGGCUGAUUAUUUGAAAACAUAUGAACUUCCUCAUCUCCAGGAGUUCAUUGAGGAUGGUGUGCUUGUCAGACAGGUUACAAAUACUUUUAUCACAAAGACUUUCCCAAACCAUUAUAGCAUAGUGACAGGCUUGUAUGAAGAAAGCCAUGGCAUGGUGGCUAAUGACAUGUACGACGCAGAUGCCCAGAAAACAUUCUCACAGUUUAAUGAUUCAGAUCCCUUCUGGUGGAACGAGGCAGUCCCAAUUUGGGUAACAAAUCAGCAGGGAAACAGAGCAAGUGCUGCCGCAAUGUGGCCUGGUACUGAUGUGAAAAUUCACAAUACAACCCCUCAAUUCUUUAUGAAGUAUAAUUUCUCAGUAACAUUUGAGGAGAGAGUGGAGAAAAUUGUUACGUGGUUGAACAGCUCUAACCCACCAGUCAGUUUUGCUACAUUAUACUGGGAAGAACCAGAUGCAAGUGGGCAUAAAUAUGGACCAGAUAAUACUAAGAACAUGCGCAAAGUAUUAGAACAAGUGGAUAAUCAUAUAGGUUUCCUUACUAGUAAAUUGAAGGCAUUAGGUUUGUGGGACACUGUUAACGUCAUAAUAACAAGUGAUCAUGGAAUGGCCCCAUGUUCUGCAAAGAAGCUGAUUAUACUGGAUGGCUGUAUUGGUCGCAAUAACUAUACUCUCAUAGACAAGAGUCCAGUUGCUGCAGUGCUGCCAAGACAAAACAAAACGUACGUAUAUAACUUACUGAAAAACUGCAAUGAUCACAUGAAAGUGUAUCUCAAAGAAGAAAUCCCUGAGAGAUUUCAUUAUCGUCAUAAUAAGAGAAUUCAACCCAUAAUUUUGGUUGCAGAUGAAGGCUGGACAAUUGUACAAAAUGAGUCACUUUCAAAAUUAGGUGACCAUGGCUAUGACAACGCUCUCCCAAGCAUGCAUCCGUUCCUGGCUGCUCACGGGCCUGCUUUCCAUCGAGGUUAUAAGCAGAGCAGGAUGAACAACGUUGAUAUUUACCCGAUGAUGUGCCACAUCCUGGGACUGACGCCUCAGCCCCACAACGGAACUUUCCGUAAUGCCAAGUGCUUGCUGGUUGACCAGUGGUGCAUAAAUCUCCCGGAGGCGAUUGGGAUAGUUAUUGGGGCCCUUAUAGUGUUGACUACUUUCACCUGCAUUAUUAUAAUCUCGAAAAAUAGAAUACCUUCUCCACACCCAUUCUCUCGACUGCAGUUACAAGAUGAUGACGACGAUCCUUUAAUCGGAUAGCGUGUACGGAGCUCAGCCUCACUUGCUAAACAGUGAUUUCUGGGGAUGAAUUUGAACUUGCACUGGACAGCAUUCUUUGAUGCACUUUAAUGGUUUCUGUAUAAAAUACUGUACAGCCAGAACCUGCUAACUUGUUUUUGUGUGUUACUUGACUAGCAGUCUUGUAAAAAAUAUUUUAAGAAAGAAAUACUGAACAGAUCGCUUUCUGUUGGAACUGAUAUUUAGCAAAAUAUGUUUAGUUUUUCAUUCAAGCCUUUGAACGCUUUUAAAAUGAAAUUCCAGACUAUGAACUAGGAAGGAUAUAGACUUAAGUGAAUUUUGACAUCUGUAAAUGAAAUGAAAAUUACUGUUUUUGUAUUAAAAGAAGUCAUCAUUAAUUUAAGUUUAGUGUUCUUGUACAUGUAUCAGAAGGAAGAUGAUCUUUUUUUCUGGAAGUUAGAAAAAUUUCUAUUUGGACAGUGUAUCUUGAUUUGUUCUUAAGAAUUGCGGGGGAAGGGAUGGAAGGUAGAGAGGUGAUAGCUUAGGGUAGAAACAGGAAGUAUCACUAUAAGAAGAAACUGAUGGGGAAGGAAACCAGUGAGGAAGGAAUCAGUGCAGGGAGGAUCGUUUGCUGGCUGCCUCCAUCAGAGCAAGGGAGCAUACAGGUCAGCAGUUGUAACGCUGGCUAGCUGGAGCUGAAGUUUCUAGCCACAGGUCUGAUGAUUUUCUGUGUAUUCUUGAUGAGUCUCUUGACUUUUGUUUCACAGUUUCUGCACUUGAAGAGUUGGGACAGUACUACUCGCCUACCUCAGGGAUGUUGAUUUAAUCUAUUAUUUUCUGGAUUACUCAGACUGAUGGGCUAUAGUAAUGAAACUACUGCUGUUAUAUACCCUGUGAAGUUUUUCAGAUGUAGACUCUGCUGGAUGCUUUUAUGUAAUAAGGAUGGGCACUGCUCUUUGUACCAGCUGAUAAUUAUCUUCUGAAGGCUGUCAUGUGUGAAAAAGGAACAAGCUGAGAAUUUAACAAAAAAUCUUCAUGCAAGGAGUCCUAACUUUUUUGUUUUAAAUGCUCAGCUUUUAAGGGCUAACUUGGCUUUUGAGAAAAGGUGAUCUUUUGUCUGGUGGGGUCUGACUUGUAUAGGUUCAAAGUUCUGUCCAAGACUAAUGCUAAUGGUUCUCUUAAUUGGCUAGUAACUUGCUGUACAGAAAAUUAAUUUGAUCUAGAAAGCCUUAGUGGUGCCUCAUCUUUCGGCAAGGCAGGAAUGUGAGGUUAAAACAUUAACGCUAACCCAAAAAGAGAACUACAGCUAGUAGGUCCUUAUUCUACAAGUUUGGCAGUUUUAAGAACUGAUGAUUCUAAAAGAAGUGAGCUAUCUGGUAGCAUGCAAUGCAGUUUCCUACUCACAAACUUAAAUUCAGUGAAAUUUGGUAUUAGCCACAGCCUAGCUUGUAGUGGUUCAGCUGAGAGGAAGUAUGGGCAUUGGAGAGGAGGAUUAAUUUUAAGUGCCCAUUUAAAAAUUUUUUUUGAAUGUUUUAAAAAAUCAUGUACUGCAAUUGAUUUUACUAAGUUAUAUCUUCCUGUUUGAGACUUCUGUUGUAAUGAAAGAAGACCAAAUAGUUAAACAAACAAACAAACAAACAAACUAUGGUGCUUUUUUUUUGACUUUUACUUCCUGAAUAAUACUUUACUCUGAACUGGAAGAUGCUUAGGCCGCUUGAAAAAUCUGUUCCGUUGCUAUCAGUAUAUUGGAUUUUUGACUGUCACUAUAAUAUAGUGACUGGACUGAACACAGGACUCACUUCUGUUCUUUUUCUUCUUCUGUUGGAAGAUUUGAAAUAACUAAUUACCUACAGUAACAGGUUAAUGAGUCUAACAAGGAAGUAGUAUUGUUUUGCAGGGCAGAACUCAGAAAUGCUGUGAAACGGGAGGAUGCUUCAGAUCCUCCUAUAGUGGGAGAGACUUGCUGGUUUCUUAUGACUUUGCUGAAUAAAAGCUGCCAUUCUCCGCGGGUAGCAGGCUUCCUGGGAGAUGCUUUGCAUCUUCUAUAUACUGAAUAGAAGUAUAGCUUUAUCUUUUUGCCAGGGUUGAUGAGACCCAGCUGUGCUCUGAUUAAAGCUGAGGUUUUCCCUUGAAAAAGUCAGUAGAACUGACUCCACUCUGUUCUUUCUUUCCUCCCCCUUCCCUUGAGCAGUUCGGUCUUGCACUACAUGAUUAACAUACUUCAAGUUUUGCUGAUGCUGCAUACACUGAAACCAAACAGUGUUCUUAUGGGAGGUGGGGAAAGCUUUGAAGUUUAAGAAUUGAAUUAAUACUCAAGAAUACUAAUCUGUCACCUGGCUAAACCACAGCGCAAGAGGCAUAUGACAGCCUAAGCUACAGCAGGGAAGUCUGCAAAGUCCAUAGGAAAGAGGAUGAACGCUCAAAGCCACAGGACACUUCAUAUUAUCAGCAUCUGUUUAGUAUGUACCAUUGGUGAAGUCGGGAGCAAUGGUAGAGUUUUGUCCUCCUUUCCCACAUACUUGUUUACUGCUGGUACUGCUGUGCUUUAUGAUGCUUGACAUUUCAUUACCUCCUUUGACCUCCUCCAAAAAGGAAGUGCCAGCACUGUGUAUAGAGGUCUUAAAAAGCCCAACACCGUAGACUUAGAGGGUGUUUUUUUUUUUGGCCGUUAGCACCAGGGAAAGCUCCAGAAUUGAGCUGACCUCAACUAACCAUAGAUUAGGUUUCCAGCUGAAAAGAAUGCACUGCUUAUGAAAAUAAACCAGCAACAUUACAUAUAUAUGUUACCACUCUUAGUGCAAAAAUAAGCAGUAGAGAUCUUGUUAACUGAAUGUAAUUCAGAUUAGGAUUUCAUUAGGGAAAGGCCUUCCAGUUGCAGUGCUGUAGAUACUACUACUGAGCUUACCAUUUUUAUAUGCUUGCAAGAAUUCUACUAGUCUGCCAUCUAAUAAAUGCUCACAUUAACCUUGCUGUAGUACAAGCACAUUAUCGCUUCUUGAAAGGUCUGUACAGCAGCUCAGGUAUGAUACAGACAGUAUCCAUGGCCAAGUUAUGUAAGUAAGAAAAAUUUAGAAAUAAGCCUACUAUUUUUGAAUUGUAUGAAAAGACUGAACUGCCUAUUUGUCACAUUCUUCCCACACACAGCUCAAGAUCCUAUAUUGUUUCAUACUUCUAAGUAGUGCCACUGUGUACAGUCCUUCCUUUGUUUUCUAAUAGCCACCUUCUUUGGCUUUUUUUUUAAUUUUAUUUUUUGAUGAGACUGCAUU